AUGCUUUGUGCGACCACAGAACUCGGAUCAUUCCUGUUUGUUGGCUCCGCGCAGGACGUUGAUGGACCAUUCUUCAUUCGCGAGCCGCCGAAUCAGGUGGACUUCUCCAACUCCACCGGAGCAGUGAUUGAAUGCGCUGCGAGAGGCAGCCCGCAUCCCGAAGUCACGUGGGUUAAACAAGACGGAACGGUCAUUGGCGAAGUGCAAGGACUCCGACAGGUGAGCAUGUUAACGAGCCAAAAACCCCUCGCCGCGGGUCUAGCUUAA